CUAAGCGCCGCUGCCCUGACAGGACUAGGAAGCGGAUGUGUGCUGCAUCACGUGUCCCCUCUGUUUACAGACAUCCGGAAAAUGAUGGAGGACGCUACAAACAGUAAUCCUCAAUCUCUUGGAUUUACAGAUAAAUUAAAAUCAUGGCUUUCAUGGUCAUGGACGUACAUAUGCGGGGUUUGGUUUGUUAUGGUUUUGACCAUGAUAUAUAUUCUGAGGAGCCCUCUGAAACUGCAAGAUACGCUCACCUCAGCGUCUGUGUUCCUGAAUACCCUGACCCCUAAGUUCUAUGUGGCACUCACUGGAACAUCGUCCCUAAUUUCGGGUUUAAUUCUGAUAUUCGAGUGGUGGUACUUCCGGAAGUACGGUACCUCCUUCAUCGAGCAGGUGUCCGUGAGCCACCUGCGCCCUCUGCUCGGGGGGGGGGAGAGCAGCUCCUCCACCGGGCUGUUCUCCUCCGUGAACGGAGAACCAGAGCCCAGGCCCAGUGUCUCAGAGUGCAAGGUCUGGAGGAAUCCUUUAAACCUGUUCAGGGGAUCUGAAUACAGCAGGUACACCUGGGUGACAGGGAAGGAGCCUCUCACAUACUAUGAUAUGAACCUGUCGGCUCAAGACCACCAGACCUUCUUCACUGGAGACACCCAGCAGCUGAAGCCAGAGGACACGGUGAUGCAGAAGGGCUGGAGAGAGAGGAGUCCACAGGCCCGGAUCAGAGCAGCGUACCAGGCCAUCGAGCUCAACCAUGAGUGUGCUGCUGCGUACGUUCUCCUGGCUGAGGAGGAAGCUGCCACCAUCACAGAGGCUGAGAGGCUGUUUAAACAGGCCCUGCGGAGCGCUGGUAAAGACAUCAACUUACUGGUAUAUAUCAAACGAAGGCUGGCUAUGUGUGCUCGCAAGCUGGGCCGGAUAAAGGAAGCGGUGAAGAUGAUGAGAGAUUUAAUGAAAGAGUUCCCUCUGUUGGGGAUGUUAAAUAUACACGAAAACCUCUUGGAGGCGCUGUUAGAGCUUCAGGCGUACGCGGACGUGCAAGCAGUCCUCGCCAAAUACGACGGUAAGACCGCCAAGCGCCCGCCUGGUGUUGGGUGUGAGCGCCGGGCGGGGGCGGGGCUUCCCGCCGCGGCCUCGGUGUCUCAGCCGCAUGCGGACACGCACGGUCUCAACAUUCCUUCCUCUUGCGUCCCUUCUGCUGUAGAUAUCAGCUUGCCAAAGUCCGCUACGAUAUGCUACACAUCCGCUCUGCUGAAAGCCCGGGCUGUCUCAGAUAAGUUUUCUCCAGAGGCCGCCUCCAGGAGGGGUCUGAGCACAGCAGAGAUGAACGCCGUGGAAGCCAUACACAGAGCUGUGGAGUUCAACCCACACGUGCCAAAGUACCUGCUAGAGAUGAAGAGCCUGAUCUUGCCUCCAGAGCACAUCCUGAAGCGAGGGGACAGCGAGGCCGUGGCCUACGCCUUCUUCCACCUGCAGCACUGGAAGAGAGCAGAGGGAGCCCUCAACCUGCUGCACUGCACCUGGGAAGGAACUUUCCGGAUCAUUCCCUACCCCCUGGAGAAGGGGCACCUGUUCUACCCCUACCCUGGCUGCACAGAGUCAGCCGACAGAGAGCUGCUUCCCUCCUUCCACGAGGUGUCUGUGUACCCAAAGAAGGAGCUUCCCUUCUUCAUCCUGUUCACCGCCGGCCUCUGCUCCUUCACCGCCAUGCUGGCCAUGCUCACACACCAGUUCCCAGAGCUCAUGGGCGUCUUUGCCAAAGCAUUCUUCAGCACUCUCUUCGCACCGUUGGGCUUCUUUGCUGACAAGAUGGAGAGCUUCAUGCCGUCCGGCUUCUGGCACCAGCUGACUCUAGUCUGACCCCAUCGCACACACACACACACUCCAGCUCCACAGAGGAAAAGAGGGUUGGUUCUCCUGUCUUUAGCAUGAACGUUCGUGUUACUGUGUUACUGAUGAUGUUGGCUUGCGUCGUAUCAACACUGUGACGCAGCCAUGCGACCCUCCCCACUGUUAAAGCAGACUUCUCCUCCCAGUAAACAUCUACCACAUACAACUCAGAAGGACUGCAAGGACUCGUUCAUUUCUGGUAACUUAAGGAAACUCUGAAUGGGACGCUGACCCUGUUUAAACCAGCUGGAGGUCUCCAAAGCCAGCCAUCAUUACAUUUAGCCAUUUAGCAGACGCUCUUAUCCAGAGCGAUUUACAGUAAGUACAGGGACAUUCCCCCCGAGGCAAGUAGGGUGAAGUGCCUUGCCCAACGACACAACGUCAUUUGGCAUAUGCGGGAAUUGAACUGGCAACCUUCAGAUUACAAGCCCGAUUCCCUAACCGCUCAGCCACCUGACUCCUCAUCUGGAGGCGCUAUGUAUUGAUUGGUUAGAUGCUGAGCCAGUACUAGUCAGAACAUCAGUGUGGUUGAUACAGCUGGCGGCCAUCUUGGACGCAUGUCCUUCUAAGCCCUGCUACCUCUGCUGUGAUGUCACAGCUACUUCCUGAGUCACUGGAGUGACAGACAAGGACACAGAGGUGGUGGCAGAGAAAGACAGGAAGAGAGUGAGACGGAGAUAGAGAGAUGGAGAGACAGAGCGACAGAGAGAGAGAUAGAAAGAUACAGAGAGAGAGAAAGAGAGAGAGUGAGUGAGACAGAGACUGUCUUGGUGAUUUGGUGUAUGGGUUGAAUGACUGUUCCUAGAUGAUCUGUUUCUGGGUCUCUGUUUCUGACAGUCUGACACAGUGGCUGGAGACACGUCUGUGAGGCUGGGUUCAAACAGAGUGCUGAUUUACAGGCUGGGUCUGUCUCCAGUGUAUACACGCCAACCCCCCUCCACCCAGCCCCGUUACCAUGGCACGACACCUUAGCACUAUAUCACCAUAGUAACCUUCCCUCAGCCAUAACACCCCAAAAAAAAAAAAUGUGUUUAUCACUGGUCACGGCAGAGCAUCAGUCUCACAAGACACCAUACUGCUGCUGAGAAGGUAUGGGGUAUUAAAAGUUUAAAAGCAAGUGUAAAAAUGCUGUGGGGUACUUGGAGGGUGUUUGAUUUGAGUUUACGAUACAAUAAACACUUAGAUUGUCCCUGAAAUAACCAGUGUCUUGAGUUUUAGUGGGGUCCAGUUACAUACUUAAUUCAUACCUCUGGGACAUUUCAAUAUUUGGAGCAGGGAGAUAUUUACAUUUUGUGUGGGGGGGUUUACAGAGGCCCUGCACGUAGCUACAUUACAGCUACUGGUAGACAUUAGAGUAGUGAAUUUCUCCUGCCUCUGUUUCCUGGUAGACAUUAGAGUAGUGUGUCUCUCCUGCCUCUGUUUCCUGGUAGACAUUAGAGUAGUGUUUCUCUCCUGCCUCUGUUUCCUGGUAGACAUUAGAGUAGUGUGUCUCUGUUCUGCCUGUUUCCUGGUAGGCAUUACAGUAGUGUGUCUCUCCUGCCUCAGAUUCCUGGUAGACAUUAGAGUAGUGUGUCUCUCCUGCCUCAGAUUCCUGGUAAACAUUAGAGUAGAGUGUCUCUGUCCUGCCUCUGAUUCCUGGUAGAUAUUAGAGUAGUGAGUCUCUCCUGCCUCAGAUUCCUGGUAAACAUUAGAGUAGUGUGUCUCUCCUGGCUCGGUUUCCUGGUAGACAUUAGAGUAGUGUGAUUCUGUCCUGCCUCUGUUUCCUGGUAGACAUUAGAGUAGUAUGACUCUGUCCUGCCUCUGUUUCCUGGUAGACAUUAGAGUAAUGUGACUCUCUCCUGCCUCUGUUUCCUGGUAGAUAUUAGAGUAGUGUGACUCUGUCCAGCCUCUGUUUCCUGGUAGACAUUAGAACAGUGUGUCUGACUCUCUCCAGGUACAGAACCACACCUGUGUGUCAGACUGCUACAUUUCCGUCCACACUCAUGAUCACAGCUUCUGAAGACCCUCCUCGUAACAUGGGAUACUUGAUAAAGUGCCUUUUCCUCUCAGAUUUUCCAUGGUUUAACUGAAUUGUUUCCUACAACAAACAUCCUUAUACUUUCACUAAAUGGGAUUCUUUAAUGGGUCAAAGAAAGUUCAUUAAAUAAUUCAUUAAAUUCAGUUCAUUAAAUAAUUCCUGGCAUUACACUCAGGCGAAACCAUCAACUUUGCUCAAUACUAAACUCAAGACCUGCAUAGUCUUGAUUCAGGCAGAAACAGUAUACACAUUUAUGACGAGUAGGCCACAACAAAUGUCAUUGUGUAAAGCAUGACAAUGGUUCUAACUUGGUCUAAUCUGUACUAACAGUACCGUCAUCUAACAGAUGUGCCAAAGCAACUGUCACAGGCUUUGUGCUCAAAACUACGUCUGACUUCAUCCUGUGUAAAGUUCUUGCUAUUAGCUCUUGUUUUUUCCUUUCCAUGAAGACACUGAAAUCUUCAAAAGUCCCCAGCUUCAGGAGCAGUGUCAUGCUGAAGACAGGAGGGUUAUUGUGGAUCUAGCGCCAUGCGUUGAGUCUGAGCGCUCACAAUAAAUUGGUUCUUGAAUGUAUGCUAAAGGGCUGUGGGGCUUUUUGUUGUCUUGUUGUUGAAUAAAUAAAUGACAUCCUUGA